CGCCUAAUUCAGCACGGCCAUAUCAUGGGAACCUCACAGUCUUUAUUCAUCGCCAUUUACCGCAUAUCCCGUCUGUCUCAUAACUUGCAGUCUAGCAAAACUGCCGAGGUGUUUUCCGCACGACAGGAACUUUUGCUGUUGGACCAAGAAUUAAUGGCCUGUCAAAGCCAGCUCACCCAUGAUAAUACUAUGAACCAGGAGCAUCUCAAUGAUGUCAUUACAUCGAACCUGUACAGUUUGGCAUGCCGCAUCCACAUAAGGGCACUCUUUCCACCACAUGGAUCUGACGACAACGACACAGUUCACUCUCUGGUGGAUGAGUUCAUAAACAAUUUACAGCAUCUGCCUCCGCACUCGCCUUCGCACAACAUACUGUGCUGGCCACUGGUUGUUGCGGGCCUGUCCGCACGAAAUCCUGCACAUCAACGUAUCAUCGUUGCAAAGCUGAACAAUAUAUACGAAGAGUGGAAGUCAGCGGUCUUCUCAAAAAGUGCUGAUUUCCUGCGAGAA